AUGAGAGGAGGAAUCCGAGGUCUGAAACUCAACAGAACAUGCCCCACCCUUACUCACUGCCUGUUUGCAGAUGACACAGUCAUCUUUGGGGAAGCUUCCUCGGGAGAAGCGGGGAGAAUUCUUAACAUCCUCAAUGACUACGGGAAGAUUACAGGGCAGGAAGUCAACAAGGACAAAUCGUCAAUUUUUUCCAGCUACAACGUAUCAGAGGAAGAGAAAAACAGUAUCAUACAAGCGGUGGGAUUCACAGACACUGUCACCCACUCUACUUAUCUGGGAGUACCUACUGAGUGGGGAAGGUCAAAGAGAGAAACCUUCAAGUUCCUAUUACAGAGGAUGGAAAGCAAAGGAGAGUCGUGGAAAAGCCUCCUCUUAUCUCCAGGAGGUAAAGAGAUCCUACUAAAAGCUGUUUUCCAAGCCAUCCCCUCAUAUAUCAUGAGUAUGUUUCUUCUCCCUCGAACAACCACAAAGAAGAUGGACUCGAUGUUGAAAAUGUUCUUCUGGGGAGGGAACAUGACAAAAAAGACAAUCCAUUGGCGGGCGGGCCACGUCUUAUACGCCCCAAAAGAGGAAGGAGGGCUAGGAUUCAGACCGUUUCACACAUUCAACAUGGCCUUAUUGGCAAAGCAGGCUUGGAGAUUACUCACUAAUCCGGGAGCAUUAUGGGUUAAGGUUGUUAAGAGCAUCUAUUUCCCGAAAGAGGACUUCCUCAAAGCUAAGAAGGGAAGCAAAGCCUCGUGGGUCUGGGCGAGCAUUUGGGAAGCUAAGUGCUGGAUGAAGCAGGGGGUGAUCAGGGUCAUUGGGAAUGGUUUGACAACAAGAAUGUUUCACGAUCCAUGGAGAUUUGAUCGACCAGGGCCCCUUACUGACAAUGGGUAUGCCAAUGUAACAGUUAAUGCUGCUUUUAUCGAUCCUAUUGCAAGACAAUGGAGGGUGGACCUACAGGAACAGUUCCUUGACCCGCAAGAAAUCCUUCUCACAAGGGCCACUCCAAUUGGUCCAUCAAAUAUGGAAGAUUUCUGGGCAUGGAGGGAGUCCGAAAAAGGGGAUUUCUCAGUCAAAUCUGCGUUCCACAUGUUCCACAACCAGACUAGAGGGGCACAAGGAGCAAUUACCCCUUUUCCUGAAUCAACAAAAGACAAAUGGAAAUGGCUAUGGAGCUUGUCCAUACCACCGAAGCUGAAGUUUUUUGUUUGGAGAUGUGCAAAGAAUGCCCUGGCUAAGAAGAUGAACUUAUUCACUAGAAAAUGCGCCAACUCUGAAGCAUGUCCACUCUGCAACUUUCCGGCUGAAUCAUUACACCACUGCCUCUUCACCUGUCCACACGCUGCGACUAGUUGGUGCCAUGAUUGGCCGGACCUCUCACCACCCCCACCUCUCACCAACAUUCUGGACUGGCUGGUUUCUCUUCAGGCUAGGUUCCAUGAGAGUUCCAUCCAGCAUAUGAUCUUCCUCAUGUGGCAGACAUGGAAGGCCAGGAAUGAACGGAUUUUCUCGGGGACCCUUCCAAGCCCACCUUUAACCUCCUUCAAAGCCCAGUCUGCGCACCAUCAAUGGAACACUUGCCCGAAGAAGAUUCCAGACCCACCAUAUCAAACUCAGCACACUCCACCCCCUGAACAGACCUCCCCACCGCCUAGUAUUCAUGAAUUUGAAAUACACUGUGAUGGCUCCUUCUUCUCCGAGCCACAGAAGGCGGCAUAUGGCGUCGUUGUAAUGAAUUGCCAUGAAUAG